AUGCCCGACGCAAGUCAACUAUCAUCAUUGCCACUACGCGAUCCCUUUACAUUUCAAUUUUUUGGAGCUUCUCCAUUGUUUGAUGUUCGUGAGUCAGCUGGUUCAGCUCUUGGUUGUCUGGUGGCGCUCGACACUCGUGUUAAAACUGCAGCUGCCGCAUACGAAAUGGAAGUUAUGCUUGAGAGUCUGGCAGAGCAUGUUAUGGAUCUCUUAGCACAGGAUGAGAAUAUCUUGCGUAUUUACGCAUCAGGAGAUUUUAAAUUUUUUGCGGCUUCAAGUGAGACCUUCGCUGCUUCCAGGAGCGAAUCAUCAACUUGUCUGCAUCCAUCCCAAUCGAGCUACUUUGCGUUGCGUAACGAGUUUGAUAUUCGAAAAGCUAGCAUCAAAACAAAUGUAGCAGCUUAA